AUGUCGAUUAAAGCUUCUACCCGGGUCGGUAAAACCCCCGACAUUCUCGCGCACAUUGGCGCCGCCAGUGAUCUAUCCCCUCGCGACCUCUUCAGCUGUCUCCUCACCUGCUCUACCUUCUUCCACACUUUUGCCCCAGCGCUAUACCACACCCUACCCAUCUCCCACGCCUGCAACCCUCUCAAAGGCGCUUCCAAGCUACUCAAAGACGCCGCCAAGAAGAUCUCGGGCCCGCCUUAUGGGAAAGAUAAUCUGCUCCGGCUUGUGAAGAAGGUGUACUUGGAGUAUACCUGCUUCGCCCCGGGGCAUACGCAAGAUUACUGGGAUGUCGACUGCCCAUGCUACCCACUCCCCAAUCUCCACUCCAUAAUCGUCCAGGUCUUCCCCAAGGACCCGCUCUUCUCGCAAUCUUCUCCGCCUUCUAUGGCGUUCGUCCAGAGACUAUGUGCGAAGGCUACAAAGCUGUUUAUGGGUCCUCAUGCGUAUAGCACUAGUACGUUGGGCGAUGCCACAGUUUUCAUCCCUACCCUUCUCAAUCUGAGGAGUGUCUGUCUGUCUAUCCCCUUUGCCGAAGCUGCGAGCGCGGUUGAGCUGUUGCAAAAUUAUAUGCCAUGGCAGAGUGCUUUCGCCUUUACCGAGCUCCACCUCUAUCUUUGGGACGAUAUCACCCCUCUCGACGAUCCCCUCUUGACCAACGACUUCGAAGGUCCUUUUGGCCCUCGUCAUCUCGACGCUAUGAAGGAACGUACGCUCAACGUCGUCCGACCAGUCUCGACAUGGGAAGAAGAUAUAACAGAGGUCAUGGAAUUGUGUGGAUUCUGGAGCUGGACAAAGUCUGUCUCCAUCUACAACAUCCAAUCUAUCCUCUCCCGCCAUGGCGUCUCUACCGGCAAAAAACAUCUCUUUGCAGACCAUGAGGCGAAAUACAUCUCCCGCCCCAUCCAUCUCGGCCAAUCUCGCCGAAAGUCUGCCGAUGGCUCGGACGCCGUCUCCCUUCCCUCCCAAACCAUGCCCAUCACGUUCCACGAGGCGCUGGAGAUGUAUGACAAAGGGUUUUGGAGCGGGGUAUGGAAUGAGGGGGAGGGGUGGUAUUAUGGGCAGGUCGUCAGACCUUCGGAGGAGAUUCAGAAGUUGAGGGAGGAGGUGGUGCAAGAGAUUGGCGUCGAGCCUGUGGCGUUGCUCGCUCUUCCAGAGGCAGAUCUUAUCAGGUUCUUACAUCUCUGGCAGAACCCGCCAAAGGCGCGGUAUGACCUUCACCCGCCAAAUGAAGCGGGGGAGACUAUGGUGAGCGAUCUACAUCUGGCUUCCGGGGAUCCUUUCGAUCAUGAAUUCAGCUCGGACGAAGAAGCAAGUGAGGAUGAGAUGUUUUUGCUUCCCUGGGAAGAAGGCGUGGAUUGGAGAGCGCAGGCCCAAAAGAUAUGGAGGGAAGGUAUGGAUGUGGACUAUGAUGGGUACGAGAUGGAGGAUGUUGAUGGGCGUUAUUUUGAGGAGCUGAAGGCGUGUAAAGAGAGAAUUGCAGUAGAGGAACCUUCGAUGGCCAAUUAUCUGUUUGAUUCGAGGCAACCUUAUCAGUAG